AGCUUGUAUUAGGGGGGCCAUUGUAGAGUGCGAAGCCGAACGAAUCCAACCGAGGUGGGGGAGAGUGGACUAGUGUGGACAGCGGAGUCUUGCGGAUGUAGAUCAGACAACGAAGUGCACGUGCCGCCAUCAACGGACACAUAGCCUGUGACUGGGACUGUGAGGUCAGGGAAUCAUUUCUCCUUUCGUCAGUCUCAACUAGCUCGCACGCCACCCGUGGCAUGGCCUCCUCUUCCGUCAUACGCCUAGAAGCCCUCUCUCUUGUCGACAUCCGCCUCCUUUCUCAACCGGAGCUCUACUCCCUCGUCCUCUGCUCCUCCUCUUCCGAUCCUUCUUUUUCCUCUACAUAUGGCAACGACGACUUUUUAAUCCCCAAAAUCGACCGCUCCGUCUUCAACGAAUCUGCAGGUAGCCGCAAACAGACCUACUCUCGUCUCCGCCUCGCCCCUCGCAAACCCCAAUCCCCCACCCGUUCUUCUUUCUCUUCUACAGCCCGCCAAAUCCCUGAACCUCUCGACGAAGAAAACUCCCAAAUCAUCUCCCUCCUUAAACAACUCUUUGCCGCCGAAACUUCCCCUACGCAGACGACGAUGGUGGUGGUGGUGAACAAGAAAGGGGAUGUGACGGGUUUGGCUGCGUUGGGGAAUGUGGACUUGGAGGAUCCAUAUGGCGAGGAGUUGAAGAGGAGGACGGAGGUGUUGCAGACUGAGGCGGAUUUCUUGGGGUUUUUGAGUGGGUUGCGUGGCGAGUGGUGGAGAAAGAGUAGGAAAAAGAGGAUCGUGACGGCUAGCGAUUUCGGCCAUGCGUUGCCCAAUGGCUGGAAACUUAUGCUUUCAAUAAAGAAGAGAGCCGGCCGUGUACGGUUGCACUGCCGCCGAUACGUAAGCCCUAAUGGAUGGCAGUUUGUGUCGUGCAAGGAUGUUUCUUCAUACUUUUUCUCCUCUUUUGGACUCCAACAUGGAAGCCAACUAAGAUCUGGUCAUCCUGAUGCCAAUUAUCUGUUGGGCAGGAAAAUGGAUUUUGGAGAUGUAAGUCAGUGUCUGGGAUCAUUGUCUUACCAAUUUUUGUUUCAUUUAUAUACUUAUUUACAAGGUUUACAACAGGAUUCUGAAACCCAGUGGCCAGCUCCACCUGGAAAUGAGAGAACUUUUAUUGUUGAGAACAAUGUGAUCAAGGUAUCUUUCCCGUCAGUGGAGGAGCAAAAGCUGGAAAUAGGUUCUGAAAGUGGUUUGAAUGGUAAGGAUAAAACAUCUAGUGGUGAAGAUAUUGAGGUUAAACGUUUUACUAGUGCAGUGGGAGAUAUGAAAGUUGAUGGUGGUUCUACAUGCGAGAAUAGUGAAUCUGCAUCUGAUUUUGGCAAUCAUGUUUGUACUGAGGUCAAUACCUUUGGUAAUCAUGUAAUUACUGUUGGUUUCGGGAAUAACCAUGCUUCACAAAAUGACAAAGCUGUAAUCGGCAGUAAGCAAGAAGGGAGUUCAAAAUCUGUUUAAUUAUUUCAUCUUGGAAUGAGCAAUAUAUUGUUGAAAAUGAUGCGAAUAACAGUUCAAACUGCACCGGGGAAGGACUAUUUAAGUGAAAAGUGUUCUAAAAACAAUGAAUAUGCUUAAUCUAUUAUCAAGCAAAGAUCUGGCUUUGGAAGUGAUAUGACAAGGUUUCUAUUGGUGCAGUGGAGGGGAUAAAUCCUGAUGAUUUCAGAAAUUGUAAAAUUCAUGAGUUAUAUAUUUCUUUGCACAGGAACAAAACUGAAGUAGAUACCAGUAUUACUGUUUGCAGCGGGCAGGAAAGAUGUUUCAACGGUUCUUUACUUGUUUCAUCUACAGAAGAGGAUAGAUAUGGUUUAAAAAGUAGUACAAUGGGUGAGUUUAAACUGGUAACCAGUUCAUCUUAAAGUGGUUUACAUAGCCAGUUUGGCUACAAACAAAACCAUGAUAAUAUGGAUAAUAAGGUUUCCUGUGGCUCAAUAUAUGAGGCCAAACACAAGAAAGUUAAAAGCUUUCGAAUACCGAAGUAUAAGAAAGUUAAAAGCUUUUCGAAUACCGAAGUAUACUUUGAUUUUGGCACCCAGGCAGGAAUAGAUGCAGAUGCGGGAGGCGCUAUGCAGUAUGCAGGGACAAAGUUUUGAAGGCUGUUCUCUUGUUCUUUCUGAGAACAAACAAACACCAUCCAGUAAUACUACCGUAAUUGGUGUUCGUAGCAGCACAGUGGGGGGAGCUUAAGCAUGAAAGAGGUUCUGAAACAGGGUGCCGCAUUCAUCUACUUUUGACCAAAUUGGAAACAAGGUGAAUAGGGUCUCUACGAGCACAGUGAGGGAGCUACCCAGAUCAGAAAAAAGGGAAAGUCUUAUGGAUUAUGACUUAGCGAUUGAUUUCAAUCAAGUGAGGAUGUCAUGGCAGAAUUAAUGACCAACUUUCUUCGCAAGGAUAAACUAUGAGGUAAUGGUGGAGACUGGCUUGAAGACAACAAUGGUUUGCUGAUAACUUGUCAAUUAAUCCACGGUCUUCCUAUCUAGGAGACUGAUUUUGCAAUUCUGGUAUGCUGCUCUCUUUUGUUUCUCACUGAAGAAAUUCUGGUACGCUGCUCUCUUUUGUUUCUCGCUGAAGAUCACUCUGUUCGGAAUUCAUUGUAUUAUGAGUGGUUUUGCGGAUUGACCUGGAGAAAAUUUCUCGCGUAACCUCUUUUGUUCUUAUCUUGAGGUCUUCAAAUCAACUUUCGACUGUGCCAUUAUCCUUGACAUGAUAAACUCACGUCAUGAACAUAGCCCAUAGGUGACAAAAGAAUGUUGCAAAUGAAAAAUCUGGCUUCCUUGAAUGUUGCAGAAACCUUAUACAUUAAAAUAUUAAUUAUAGAAGAAUUCGUCUUCGUUACAUGCA